GAUGAAGAUGAGUGGAAAGAAUUUGAGCAAAAAGAGGUUGAUUACAGCGGUCUAAGAGUUCAGGCAAUGCAAAUAAGUGAAAAGGAAGAUGAUGAUAAUGACAAGAGAGAAGAUCCAGGAGACAACUGGGAAGAAGGUGGAGGUGGUAGUGGAGUAGAAAAGUCUUCAGGUCCCUGGAAUAAAACAGCUCCAGUACAAGCACCUCCUGCUCCAGUAUUAGUUACAGAAACUCCGGAGCCAGCAAUGCCUAGUGGUGUAUAUAGGCCUCCUGGGGCCAGGCUAACCACAACAAGGAAAACGCCACAAGGACCACCAGAAAUAUACAGUGACACACAGUUCCCAUCCCUGCAGUCCACUGCCAAGCACGUAGAGAGCCGAAACAGGGAUAAAGAAAUGGAGAAGAGCUUUGAAGUAGUAAGACACAAAAAUAGAGGUAGGGAGGAGGUUUCAAAAAACCAGGCCCUUAAACUUCAGCUAGACAACCAGUAUGCUGUGCUUGAAAAUCAGAAGUACAGCCACACACAGUACAGUUAAACAAUGGUCUUUGCUAAGCCUUCCAAGAUAAUUAGACCACAGCUAACCACCAAGAACAGCCAUUCAGCGUCUUGAUUCCUGGAUCAACAGUGCUGACUGAUGAGAGGAAGACUUCGAGUCCAGUAACUGUCCCUGUUGCACUAUGGAAGUUCAAGAGUCACAACUGAUCUCUAUAUGUGUUGGAUUUAGGGGUGUUUUCAUUGUCUUAAAUACUUGUGAAUUAGAUUCAGCAGUGUUUCCAUAGUUGCUCUGCAUAUAAAACCAAACCUGCAGCCAGUGGUCAUUUCAAACAUCUUUAUGUUCAGAUACUGAGCCUUCGCAAGGUUGACUACCUCAGAUUUGCUGCACUUAAUUGUGGAUUUCAUGUGGAUCACAACUUCUGCAUAAGAUUACAGCUAUUAGUGUCGGCGUGAACCUUGAAACCAACUCGACUGGAUUCCUGUCAAAGCCUUCAGAAGUCAGCCAUCUGGGUUCUGAUCUGCUGUAAAAGAUGAAGAGUUAAGUGACCUUAAUUAACCUGUCCUGUGCCCCACCCUAAGGAAUACUCUGUAAGCUGUGGCUAUAUUAGACUUCCUGGAACAAGCCGCUGUCAGAACUGAUGUGUUUGGAUCAUCUAUGUGGGGCUAUGAUUUAUAAUUUAAGUUUUUAGUGUUAGUAUGAGGUGACUGUAGAUUCAAUUCAACCAAACUUGGAUCCACCAAAUGGGGAAUGGGUGGGGGAUAGUCUUGUUUCUUUGAAUACCUUUUUAUAAAGAUAGUGCUUGUUCUGUUCCACAUUAAGGCCUUGCUUUGACUUGGAGUAAGUUCUUUGACAGCAUAUUGUGUGGUGAAAUAGCCUGAAUAAGGCAUUGGAAUUGUGAAAUGCCCUGUGAAUUUGCCAAUCCGUAGGUGGAACCAGAUAGAUCGCCUUUGAUAAAAAGGGCAGCAGAUGCCAGUCUUCACUCCAGGUGCUGCUCAAGCCUCCUCUAAUCAGGUGUAAACGGAACUGCUGUGGAUGGAGUGGUGUCUGCUCAGGUGGGGAGAGGUUCACUGACCUGUCUUAACAAUGCGAAGCAACAGGAGCAAAACCUCACCAACACCUUGAAGUUGUUUGAUGAAUCUUGCAUGGUGUCUGAUAAAUCCUUGUGUGUGCCCCAAAUUUAAAGAUACUGGCUAUUCUGUAGAUAAUUCCUUGUUCCAGCCAGUUUUGUUGUCUACCUUGGGAGUAUGUUUGUGAUGUUCACUUGGAAAGGCAGGAGACUAGCCAAUGAUGUAGCACGUCUCUUCUUAGUAAUUACAACUUAACUUUGCAGUAGUACUUGGCCCUUAAAGAGAUUAUUGCUAUGUUUGUUCCUUUCUGCCUAAUGAAAUAGUCUGCCAAUUAACCUACUAGAAAUGGUUCAGUAUAAACUAUAUUUGCAACCUACUACAUGAUGGCAGUAUCUGGAUUUCUGUGUAAUAAACCCCUUUGCCAAAUGCAGUUCAGAUUUGCUAGCUACAUACAGGAGUGAAACAGGUAAUGAGGCAAGCUCUCCCAGUUUGAGAGUAUGUCUUAACGUUCGGUGAAUGAGUGCAGCAGUGUAGGAAGCCAGGGAGGUGUAGGGCAGUGUUUUCCUGACCAGACUGCAUGCCAUUCUGGGCAAUAAAGUUGGCAUGAUCUGAUCCAUCCAGGGGAGGUUGGAUGAUUAGGAGUUUGAGAUUCUUGGUUAAACUGAAGACUUAUUUGGGCACCAAAAACCUUAACAAAUAAUCUCACACCUUGAGCCACAUACUUCCCUUAACGUAUGCUUUUACCCCUCACCUCCGAAUUCUGUUUGGGGUUAGGGUUUAAGAAGUGAACGAAGACAGAUGUGAAGAGGUUUGUUUAACGGCAUACUGUACUGGAACACUGAAGACCUGCAGCAGAUGUAAAUUCCAAGUCUUGUUCUAAUUUUUUAAGAUUGUGAAAUUAUCAAAAUGCACAUGAAUCAAGUUUUAAUACACUGUCUGGGUGGAUGAGGCUGUCCAUUGCACCAUUUCUUUCUUUGGGUUCUCAGGCAUGGUUCGGCAGUGUAAGAACUCUGUAACAUUAACAUUGAAUAAAAAGUAAAUCUAUGAAUGGUA